GAUAGUUAUUCGACUAAAGACUGCAGACAUGGCUCUGAAGCUGAUCUUUGUGGUGGCUCUGCAGACUCUCUUCAUAAAAGAGUCGGUGUCGCAGCUUUCUGUUUGUGGUCGAGCAAAUCUGAACAACAGGAUUGUUGGAGGACAAGAUGCUCCUGCAGGGUUCUGGCCUUGGCAGGUCAGUCUGCAGACAUCUUCACACUUCUGUGGAGGAUCCCUCAUCAACAACCAGUGGGUGCUGACGGCAGCUCACUGCUUUCCAAGGGGCAGUGCAUCUGGUGUGAACGUAGUUCUGGGUCUUCAGAGUCUGCAGGGAUCCAACCCCAACAGUGUGUCUCAAACAGUAACAACUGUAAUCGUUCAUCCGAACUACAACUCAGAGACAUCGGAUAACGACAUCGCCCUCCUGCAGCUCUCCUCACCAGUAAACUUCACCAACUACAUUACUCCAGUCUGUCUGUCUGCCACCAACAGCACCUUCUACAGCGGCGUCAACACCUGGGUCACUGGCUGGGGCACCAUUAGAAGUGGAGUCUCCCUUCCUGCCCCACAAACCCUCCAGGAAGUACAAGUACCGAUUGUGGGAAACAGACAGUGUAAGUGCAGUUAUGGAGCCAGCUCAAUCACUGACAACAUGGUGUGUGCCGGGUUACUGGCAGGAGGCAAAGACUCUUGUCAGGGAGACUCUGGAGGUCCGCUGGUGAUUAAGCAGAACAACCGCUGGAUCCAAGCAGGAGUUGUGAGUUUUGGAGAAGGUUGUGCUCUACCUAAUUUCCCAGGAGUCUACACCAGAGUGUCCCAGUACCAGACCUGGAUCAACACCCAAAUCAGCAGCAAUCAGCCGGGCUUUAUCGCCUUCACCUCCAAUGGAACUGACAGUGACCUCAGUGUGUCGUGUCCAGUAGAGCCACCAAUUACUUCUUCACCAGAAGCUGUGGUUUGUGGACGAGCCACCCUGAACUCUCGUGUCUUAAAUGGAAGUUCAGUGGUAACUGAAGGUCAGUGGCCGUGGAUGGCGAGUCUACAGAAGAAUGGACAGCAUGUCUGUGGAGGGACACUAGUUUCUCUAGACUCUGUUCUCAGUGAUGCUAACUGCUUCUCAAGUCCUCCUGUGGCAUCUGAGUGGACGGUUGUGUUGGGUCGUCUGAAGCAGAAUGGAUCAAACCCCUUUGAGGUGUCACUGAAUGUGACAAAUAUCACUCUGAGCAACCAGACAGGGUCCAAUGUUGCUGUGCUGCAACUCUCCACCCAGCCCCCCCUCAAUAAUUACAUCCAGCCCAUCUGUCUGGACAACGGAAGAACUUUUCCUCUGGGAACAACAUGCUGGGCUGCAGGCUGGAGUUCUGGACGUGGAGGAGAAGAAGAAGUUCUGCAGGAGUUCCAAACCUCAGUUCUAGAAUGUCCGACUUCAACAGCUGCAAAUGGCAGCAUUUGUACCGGACGCUUUACCCUUCAACAGGGUGACUCUGGAGGCCCCCUCAUGUGUAAGCAGGACGGCUCUUGGCAUCAGGCAGCUGUGUUGUCAUCUACGGCAGUGAUGGAGUUUGAAAGACUCAGCCGAUUCCAGGACUUCCUGGUUGAGACGGUGGGAACAUUCCUGUCUCCUGCCUCAACCACCACCACCACCACUACCACACCAACGACCAGACCAACUACCAGACCUAUCAGACCUUCUGCUAGACCAACUACCAGACCUACCAGACCUUAUACUAGACCCACUAUCAGACCAACUACCAGACCUACCAGACCUUAUACUAGACCCACUAUCAGACCAACUACCAGACCUACCAGACCUCAUAGACCUACCAGACCUUAUACCAGCCCCCCUUCUCCCCACAUGACUACAAUGAAUGGCUGGAACAUUCAUCAUAAGGUUUUCUUCUACCUUCGUCUCAUUUUCCGGACCUUGUGUUCCCUUUUCUCCUCACACGAAAGUUAAACUUCUAAUGAUGAGAAAUCCAUAAAUCUCUCCUAAACAAGCUCUAGUUUUUACUCUUUCUUUACACAUGCAUCUAUGUUUCAUCCUUGUAAUACUACUACUACUUAACAGCAGGAGCUUUUGUUUCAAAGUCUUGCAGAGAAAAUAAAGAACAAAUUUGAACUUUAAUUCCUGAUUAUCAGGCUGUUCCAGAGCGUCUUCAAAAAGCUCCAGGAUGUUUGCAGGGUUCUGACAAAAACUGGUAGAAUUCUCCAACCUUUGCUUCUCUUUGUUAGUGGCCGUUUAAUACAUUUUUGAAUUCUACAUAAACUUUUUUAAUGAUAAAAUCUUCCUCCUCACAGAACUUUAAGUUCCAAAUGAUCCAAACCGAACUCUUCCUCCUCAGUCAUUACUGGAUACUUUUUUGGUUCUUCUUGGUUUUCAGUUGGGUUUAUAGUAAAAGCUUGUUAUGGUGAUCCUGAAUCUUACUCUUAGUUGUGCUGCAGGACUUUCUGAUCCUGCU